CCGGGGAGCAGCAGCGCGGCUCGGGUCCGACCGCUCUGGGCCGUGCUCCUCGCUCGCCCUCGGACUCGGCUCCGGCUGCCGAGCGGCUGCCCUGCCCGCGCCCAGCGCCAAGCCGCCGGGCUCACCGCGCCCGACCUAGGCUCGGCUCCCCGGGGCCGUACUGAGGCCGCAAGCAGCGCCGCAGGGUGUGGGGCGAACCCAGGAGAUGAAAUGACAACGUCAACCCUCCAGAAAGCCAUUGAUCUGGUGACGAAAGCCACAGAAGAGGAUAAAGCCAAGAAUUACGAGGAGGCGCUCCGGCUCUACCAGCAUGCCGUGGAGUAUUUCCUACAUGCUAUCAAAUAUGAGGCACACAGCGACAAGGCCAAGGAGAGCAUUCGAGCGAAGUGCAUGCAGUACCUAGACCGGGCAGAGAAGCUGAAGGAUUAUUUACGAAACAAAGAGAAGCAUGGCAAGAAGCCAGUCAAAGAAAAUCAGAGUGAGAGCAAGGGCAGUGAUAGUGACAGCGAAGGGGAUAAUCCAGAGAAAAAGAAAUUGCAAGAACAACUGAUGGGUGCUGUUGUGAUGGAGAAGCCCAACAUUCGGUGGAGUGAUGUGGCUGGCCUGGAGGGGGCCAAGGAGGCCCUCAAAGAAGCUGUCAUUUUGCCAAUUAAAUUUCCACACUUGUUCACAGGCAAGCGUACACCUUGGCGAGGGAUACUGCUCUUUGGACCCCCUGGCACGGGGAAAUCCUACCUGGCCAAAGCGGUGGCCACAGAGGCCAACAACUCCACCUUCUUCUCUGUGUCCUCCUCAGACUUGAUGUCUAAGUGGUUGGGGGAGAGUGAGAAGCUAGUCAAGAACCUGUUUGAGCUGGCCAGGCAGCAUAAGCCCUCCAUCAUCUUCAUCGAUGAGGUGGAUUCCCUCUGCGGGUCCCGCAAUGAAAAUGAGAGCGAGGCUGCCCGAAGGAUCAAAACGGAGUUCUUGGUGCAGAUGCAGGGGGUGGGGAAUAACAACGAUGGGACUCUGGUUCUUGGUGCCACAAACAUCCCCUGGGUGUUGGAUUCAGCCAUUAGAAGGAGGUUUGAAAAGAGGAUUUACAUCCCACUGCCUGAGGAGGCUGCCCGUGCCCAGAUGUUCCGGUUGCAUCUGGGGAGCACUCCCCACAACCUUACGGAUGCCAACAUCCAUGAGCUGGCCCGGAAGACGGAAGGCUACUCAGGUGCCGACAUCAGCAUCAUUGUGCGGGACUCCCUCAUGCAGCCUGUCAGAAAAGUUCAGUCAGCAACACACUUCAAAAAGGUCUGUGGCCCUUCCCGCACCAACCCUGGCGUUAUGAUAGAUGACCUCCUGACCCCGUGCUCACCAGGGGACCCAGGGGCCAUGGAGAUGACUUGGAUGGAUGUCCCUGGUGACAAACUCUUAGAGCCUGUGGUUUGCAUGUCGGACAUGCUCCGGUCUCUGGCCACCACUCGGCCCACCGUGAAUGCAGAUGACCUCCUGAAAGUGAAGAAAUUUUCAGAGGACUUUGGCCAAGAGAGUUAAAAAUUUCUUCACUUGGUGAUGGUGAAGGUGGGAGGUUGAUUGGGGUAAUAAAUCCACGGUACUCCCUAUGUCAGUGGCCAGAUAGCGCUCCGGGGCCCGUCAUCACGUCACUGCAGCGUCCCCUCUGCUGUCUGGCCGCAGGCCGGGGAGCAGGAAGGAAGGGCCUCCCGGGCCGCAGAGACACAGAAGCACAUUCAGCACUGGGUGGAAUACUGGUUCUUCCUACUUCCUCUCCUCCUCUUCUGGAUGCUCACCAACUCCUUGUCCUGCCUCUCUGUGGGUUUUGUUUUUUUUUUAAACCUUUCUUCGUUCCCUUAAAUUAAUGCUGCUUGGAUUUUUGUCUUGUUUAUAAAUAAAGUUAAAAUCUCCCAGAAGCGUCAAGGAGUGGGAGCAGCCCGCACUGUGGGGUUGUUGCAGACCUUCAAAAUGGCUUGCCAGCUCCUUCACCUGUCCUUUCUAACCCAGGUUUUACUCCUUGUGAACACAAUGGCCAGUGCCCUGGGUUGUCAGCCCAAGCCCUGCCUGUAAAGGCCAAGAGUAAAACCAAGCCAUUCCCACCCUCCUAGGUCAGCAUCCUGGGCCCUGUGUCCUCCCUGCAGGAGGAGAGGGUGGUUUUUGUGAGCACAAGGCUGUGUAGAUCAGAAUGAGUGAAGGCAGUCAGGUGGGUUUUACUGCUGCCUUUUCUUCCCUCUGAAUGUGAGAACACCGAACCCUGCCAUUGCCCCUGGCCCUCUGCCCUGGAAAUGGGCUAAUAAAUCUUUUCCCUCUUGA